UGGCAACACGACACGAAGUUGUUGCUGUCAUGUGACGAGUUGGGUGUAUGGUCUUUCCGAAGUUCUUUUCAAACAUUUUCAAUUUAUUAUGCUUCUUGUAUUUUUAUUUUUCCUUUAGAAAAGUGCAUUUUAUUAAUAUCGUACUUAAUAUUUAACGAAAAUCUGUUUCGCCUUCUUUCCAAUAAGAAAUAGGUAAGCUGCACGUGAAAGUAAUCAUCAUCGUAACUAUUACAGAUAAAUAUCUUGUGAUAUUCACCCAAUGGAUCCAUUAGGAAUUGUUCCAGAAACAGUUGAUAUCUACACACUAAAAAAAUGGGGUGAAAUUUCACCUAGAGAGAUUCCUGAAGCUGGUUUGUUUGGAAAUCAAGAGAAAGUUCAUAGUUCUUCCCCAUUUCCAUGCAAUGAACAAAUUAAUAAAAAAAUUGCCUUAUGGGUUGGUGAUAUAUCCUGUUUGAAUGCUCAAGCUAUUGUUAAUUCAACUAAUGAAGUUCUUACUGACAAGAAUGCAAUUAGUGAAAGAAUUUUAAUGCGAGCUGGUCCACAGUUACAGGAGGAUCUUCAAAAUAAUAUUAAAGUAUGCAGGACUGGUGAAGCAAAAUUGACAAAAGGAUAUAACUUACCUGCAAGAUAUGUAAUUCACACAGUUGGUCCUAAAUAUAAUGUAAAAUAUCAAACAGCUGCUGAAAGUGCUUUGUUCUCCUGUUAUUUUAAAGUGUUGCAAAUAGCAAGAGAACAUCAGCUUAAAUCUUUAGCGCUGUGUGCAAUUAAUUCUGUGAGAAGAGGAUAUCCUCCACAUGAAGGUGCACAUAUAGCUCUAAGAACUGUGAGGAGGUUUUUAGAAAAUUAUGAAGAUAGUAUUGACAUUAUUAUAUUUACGGUUGAAGAUGUUGAUAUAGGAAUAUAUGAAUUACUGUUGCCACUCUAUUAUCCAAGAAAUAAACAGGAAGAAGAAUAUGGUCUCUAUUAUUUACCUGUUGAUACUGGUGGAAAGGAUGGAGAACCUUACAUUCCAGAGCGUCAAAUACGAAUUGUGGAUAAACCAAUAACUACCAAUGCAGAUUUAGGGGAAAGUGUUGAUUUGGCUGCCCAACUUGACAGUUCUGUAUCUGUUGGUCGUUCAGCAUUUGCAAAAAUGCACGGAGAUUUAGAUAAACGUCGAGGUAGUCAACAUAGAAAUAGUUUACCUUCUGACAAUUUAACUUGGGAAGUACAAAAGAAGAACAAAUAUGAGAGACUUCUGCGGAAAGCUAGAUUAGAAGAUUUACGAUCUAUUGCAAAUUUAAAAUGCUUAUAUCAGAGUGGAGAGGACAAAUUCGGAAGACCUGUUAUUGUGUUUAUUGGUCAAAGAUUUAAAGCUUGCCAAGUUGAUUUAGAAAAGGCAGUGUUAUAUCUGAUACAUACAUUGGAUCCAAUAGUGCAGCAAGAUUAUGUUGUUGUUUACUUCCAUUCACAUACUGGGAGAGAACACCAUCCUUCACUUAGUUUUAUUAGAGAAGUUUAUGGUUGUCUUGACUACAAAUAUAAAAAAAACCUUAGAGCUCUGUACAUAGUUCAUCCAACAUUUUGGAGUAGGAUAUUAACAUGGUGGUUUACUACAUUUACUGCUUCCAGUAUCAAAAAUAAAGUCCAGUCCUUAGGUGGUGUAGAAUAUUUGUAUUAUCUAAUUCCACCUAAUCAGCUUGAGAUACCAAGUUUUAUUAUGGAUUAUGAUUUUAGAGUCAAUGGAGUAGGAUAUUGUCAACCAAAUACGUCAUAUGGAACUGACAGUUUAUAGAACAAAUUUAACUUUGUAUAAAACUCCUCUGUGCUAUUAUGGAAAUUUCAGAGGGACCAAAUCAAUUAGUUUUCUGGAAAAUUUUGCAUCGAUUGAUCAAAUUGAAUCUUGUUGAUUAUUUUUAUAUUGUAAAUAAUUGCAAUGAGCAAAAUCAUUAUAUAAAGGCUUGUCCUACAAGGGCUUUUUUCUAUGCUUUGUAAGGGCUUGUAAAGCAUUUUGGAUUAACUGUACAAAGAGAAGAGGUAAAUAAACGUACAAUAAUUUGUGUGCUUU